AUGGCAGAUGUGAAUGAAUAUUUCUCUAUUGACUUGUCUAAUGAUGGAGGUAUGAGUGAGGAUGAUGAUUCUGUGGCAGUGGCUGAUGAUGGCAAUGGCAAUAAUGAGAAUUCUAAUCCAGAUCGUUGCAAAUUAAUCCCUGACUUGACAGCUGAUGAGAUAAGGGAGCUGGUGUUUUGUUCUGAGAAGGAUGCUGUUGAAUUUUACCAACACUAUGCCCAUUUCAAAGGUUUUGGUGCAAGGAAAGAUGAUGUCCGUCGUGAUCGAAAGGGUAAUAUUAUUAGUCGUCAACUGGUGUGUAAUAGGGAAGGUGAGAGACAUGAGAAGCAUUUGAAUAAGGUUAGCCGAGUCAAAGAAGCAAAGCCUAUUACCAGAGUGGCUUGCCCAGCAAAGUUCCGUGUCCGUUUUCAUGCAGACUCAAGCAAGUGGAAGGUUGUGCUAUUUGAACCAGAACACAAUCAUGGGUUGACACCUGCAUCCCACGUUCAUUUGAUGCCCUCAUUCAGGGGAUUGACUGAUGGUGACAAGGCUCAAGUAGACAGUCUAAAGCUGUAUGGGGUGAGAAGUUGCAACAUAAUGGGGCUUUUGAUGGGUCAGAAAGGUGGGCAUGAAUCGGUGGGUUUUCUGAAAAAGGACUUAUAUAAUCAUGUUGAUAAGAAGAAAAGGAUAAGUUUAGGUGCUGGAGAUGCAGCCAGUGCAUUGAGUUAUUUGCAGCGUAAGGGGGAGAAGGAUCCCAUGUUUUUUUUCAAAUUCACAAGAUCAGGUGAAGAAAAUCUUGAAAACUUGUUUUGGUGCGAUGGAACAAGUCGCCUUGAUUACCAAGCGUUUGGAGAUGUCAUUGUUUUUGACAGCACCUACAAGAAGAACAAGUACAACAAACCGGUUGUUAUCUUUUCUGGCUACAAUCAUCACAAGGAGACUACAAUUUUUGCAUGUGCCUUGGUUUGUGAUGAGACCAUUGAGACUUACAAAUGGGUCCUGAAAGCCUUGGAUGAAGCUAUGUUUGGAAAGCAACCCAAAGCUGUUGUGACUGAUGGAGACAAAUCUAUGCGUGAAGCAGUGAAGGUUGUGUUUCCUAAUGCUACUCAUAGGCUUUGUGGAUGGCAUAUUCAGCAAAACUGUCUUGAGAAAAUUAAGAUUCCAGAUUUCUUGAAUGAAUUUAAGACUUUGAUUUAUGGGAAUUUCACUCCAGAACGUUUUGAAACUAAAUGGCUGCAAGUGAUUGAAAAGUAUGGUAUUGGUGAGGAAAAAUGGAUUAAACAGACGACUACCUCUCUAUGUGAAGGCAUUAACUCAUUUAUUAAGAGGUAUGUGCAGUGCAAAAAUAGCAUCCUUGAUUUCAUUUAUAACUUUGAGAGAGCUGUGGAGGAGUAUAGGCAUAAUGAGUUAGCCUCUGAUUUCAAGUCAAGUUAUGGUGAGCCUGUCUUGAUUACUGCUUUGAGUCACAUUGAACAAGGGGCAGCAAAGUUGUUGACAUUGAAUAUGUUUAGGGAAGUGAGACAUAUGAUUCAACGAGCACUUAACCUUAAUCUUGUUGAACGAUCAGAGAUUGGUACCACAGUGAUGAUAAAGUUUAGCAUUUGUCGUCAUCCAAAUACUCAGUUCUUGGUCAUUUAUGACAAGAAUCAGAACAUGUUUAAUUGUGAUUGUGGGUUUUCUGAAUAUGUUGGCAUACCUUGUUCUCACAUUAUAUGUGCAAUGAGAACUGAGAACAUGAAUGAAUUCCCUGCUAGUCUUGUUUCUAAAAGGUGGCUGAAGACUGCAAAGGCUGAUUCAUUACAAUCUAUCCCUGCUAUGGAGGUUGAUACUGAUAGAAUGAAAAUGCUGCGUAGAGGUGCAAUUUCUGCUGCAUGCAACUUUCUGAGUGAAUAUGGUGCUGAUGACUCUUCUGAUUUCUCAAAUGUUAUCGAGGACAUAUACAAGCUUGUCAUGAAAUUUCAGAAACGUCGCCAUCCCAAUUCUGCUGCAACCAAUUUAUUUGUCAUUGGUGACCCAGCUGUUGUCAAAACAAAGGGCGCUCCACGGAAGAAGUAUAAGAAGACGAAAAGGCUAUGCUCUAAUUGCAGAAAGGGUGGCCACACAAUCAGGACAUGUCCUACAUUAUUUGAGGGUAAUGAAGUUGGAGAAAGUUUUGCAGAUGCUGAAGAAGAUGAAGAUUCAUCUGUUGAAAUUGAUGGUGAUAACACUGCUGAUACUGAGGAGAUAAUGGAGGGCCCAGUUCAAUGAGUACAGUCAAAGCCAAAAGAAAGGCAUGUUAUAUGUCAUAUUUACUAUGUUGUAUAAAUUUGAGUGGCAUGUUCUGUUGUAAAAUUGUUGUUUAUGGUUUAUAUUUGGCUGUGAAUUUUAGGUGGGAGAUAGAAGAACCCAAAAGGAUGUUAAACGCAACACUGGAAGUUCCCAAGCUAUGGUGUCACCAACUAUUGAGCAACCUCAAGCUGAUAUUGAAGCCCCUCCAAUGAGUUUCCCAAGUGGGUUCAAUUUGUUUCCCCAAUUCCCUGCGAGCCAGAUUUUACAAUCUUUCCAUCCUUUUGCUUCAUACCAGCAAUCGCCUUAUGGCACUCAGUAGAAGACUGAAUAUUGGAUGUGGCUCUGAAUUUUGCUUGGAAUUGCUAUUGCAUUGUGUUGCUUAAACCAUUAAUGGACCUGUUUUUUUUCAUGUAAUUUUUGCUGGGAACUAAUAUGGCUAUGUUAUUGAAGUCCUCGCUGAUUUUGAAGUAUUUUUUGUUUAUGAAGUCUUGAAGUUAUUAUGAUUGAAUGUUGGACCAAUGAAUUUUAUUGCUGAA